ACUAAAGACAAAACUACGGCCCGUGUGUCUGCAGCAGUUCUGUGGGAAUAGAGACAGAGAACCGUGAACGCUCACCUUGAUAAAUAACAGAUUUUACAUAGCACAGGUUAAAUCGAGUGUGUAAUUUUUCAGGCACUCAAUGGAGGUAAAAACUGUUCCGUCUCUCGACUGAUAACUGACGCAGGGUAUGACUCAGACGUGGUCGCGUGAGAGUUGCCAGGAGUGAUCAAAGAGUGUGGUGAUGUUUACAGAAUGAGCACAAGUACGAAGUGAAUUGGAGAAAAAAAAAAAUGAGCAAACCAUAUGAAUCUGCAAACAUCUCCGAUGUGGAAGAACACAUUUCGCUGAAGUAUGAAAUCAAGAAGAGACUUGGAAAAGGGGCCUAUGGCAUUGUAUGGAAAGCAGCUGACAGGCAGACUGGGGAGAUUGUGGCUGUGAAAAAGAUCUUUGAUGCCUUCAGAAACAGAACAGACGCCCAGCGGACAUUCAGAGAAAUCAUGUUCCUUCAGUCAGCUGUCAUCUUCCAGUCAAGUGCUGCACUUCAUCAGGAGUUUGGAGAUCACCCCAACAUUGUUAAACUUCUAAAUGUCAUCAGAGCGCAGAAUGAUAAAGACAUUUACCUCAUCUUUGAAUAUAUGGAUACUGACCUGCAUGCAGUGAUAAAGAAAGGCACCCUGCUAAAAGACAUCCAUAAACGUUAUGUGAUGUACCAGCUCCUCAAAGCCGUCAAAUACCUGCAUUCGGGAAAUGUUAUCCACAGGGACCAAAAGCCAUCCAACGUGCUCUUGGACUCUGACUGUGUUGUCAAGCUGUGUGACUUUGGCUUGGCCAGAUCACUCAACCAGAUCCAAGAGGACAGUGGGAAUCCUGCACUGACAGAGUACGUGGCCACACGGUGGUAUCGAGCUCCUGAGAUCCUGCUGGGAUCCACAAGGUACACUAAAGGUGUGGACAUGUGGAGCCUCGGCUGUAUCCUGGGAGAGAUGCUCCUGGGGAAAGCCCUGUUUCCCGGGACAUCCACCAUCAACCAAAUAGAGAAGAUCAUGAGUGCCAUUCCACACCCAAGCACAGAAGAUAUUCUCGCAAUCAAGUCUGAGUAUGGGUCCUCUGUCAUUCAGAGAAUGUUACUGAAACCACAGGUGCCUUUGGAGGGUCUUCUCCAGCCGUCUGUGCCUCCUGAUGCUCUUGACCUGCUGAAGGGUUUCCUGGUUUUCAACCCAGACAAGCGGCUAACUGCAGAACAAGCCCUCCAACACCCAUACGUAGCCAGAUUUCAUAAUCCAGCCAAAGAGCCAGCUCUAAACUAUGAGGUAGUGCUGCCAGUGGAUGAUGACAUCCAGUUAUCUGUGGUUCAAUACCGCAACAAAUUAUAUGAGAUGAUACUGGAGAGGAGAACUAACCAGGGGAUGUUGAGGGUGAUCCCACCAAAGGAAGGGGGUUGUGUCAGCAGCAGGGAGAAACCAAGCGUGACGUGUGAUAAAGGAGAGAAGAGCCAAGUGGUCCCAAACAGCAACAAAGACGGUGACGAUGAAAGGAAACCACAACACGAAAAAACGAAUGAGACAAGCAACGUACCUCCAAGUAAAAGAAUCAGCAAACCCGAGGCUGUAAAUGCAUCCACCCCACCUGCAGCGGAGAAGACGAGCCCUUUAGCUGGCCCUGGUUUAGGAAAACUCACAUACAACCCCAUCACGCAUACCCCAAAUGUCUUUGUCCUGAGUCCAGCUGGUCGUUCUCUUUCCUACCAUGGUACUGCAGCCAAUGGGAAAUCAGUGGGACAGAACAGCAACAGUAAUGCAGCUGCAUCACCAAUAGAGGGUGCCGUCACUAAUGUAUCGAUGGACCAGAUUCUCCAGCGAGGUCGCUCAGCCCCUGUGGCCCAUAACCGUUCCUUCUCCUUGACCCUAAACCAAACCCAGAAUAACCCGUUAGUACGCAAGGAUGAGCCAUUGUUGCCUUCUGGGCUGUACAUCACAUCAGCACGUCUGAACCAGCGCUCCAACUCUCAGGUGCGCGAGGCUCGGCCGCCGCCACGGUUCAGCAAGAAAGUGUUUCAGAGUAACUGUAAUGUGGCUGCAGCUGGCGACCCACGAGCCAAACUAGGCAGCUAUUCGCAGGCCUAUGGCACCAUCAGCAAGACUGGACUGGACAAUCUUCUUCGGAGCCGCCCUUGUAACCAGUGACUGCUGUCAUACUAGCAGUUACAUAAGGGUCAGGUGGCGCAUUUGUUUAAACACACAACAGAGUUUGCUUUGAUCGCCUUCAGGCAUGUGGCAAAGAUUUUGUAACUAGAAGCUUUUCUGACUGGCAGUUUAAAUAACUCUUAUGUCAUGUUUAGAUUCUGGAGAUAUGAAUUUACACUAUUUGUGACAAUGAAUACAUAUUUAUAAAAUAAAGUCUAGGCAUUAAUAUUACAUUUGUCAAACUGUACAAGCAAUGUAUGAAUACAAGUAAAUGUGUCCACUUUUUAAAAACUCGAUUUCAUUUCUUAGAAGGCUGGAUUGCCAGCUGGAAACAGCAGGAAAAUGCUGUGGAGUCACAGAUCUUCAAGGUAACUCCUGCCCCUGUUUUCACAGAGUGUUAGUGUCUUUGCACCACUGUAGCUUGUCCUGUUAGCCCGUCUACCUGUAGAGAGGAUCUGCAUUAAAAUUCACGCACUAAAUAUGUUUGUGCAUUUGCCCCAGGAGCAUCUGUAGGUUUAAAAUAAGCCAUGAUUUCUUCCUGGUGUAGACACUACAGGCUUAAUGUUUUAACACUACAUUAGGAACAUUAAACCAGUAGUUUGGGUGCAGAAUUACUGUAAAAUAUGCAAAUAGAGGUUUUGAUGAAUUCAUCAUAUUCAAUAAAUGAUUAUUUUUCAUGUGAACAUGCCAGCAAGAAUUCUACUUGUUAUUCAGAUGUGUACAGAAUUUUAUAAUGUUUAACAUCAAAUAACCUUG